UGGACGACCUUGACAUAGUUAACUAUGGCAAGAUAACAGCAAUAAAAUUACAGAAAAUCGAAAAAAAAAAAACGAAAUUAGAAUUUUGCAGAAAAACGAAAUCGAAGAGAUAUAGAGGACUCAAACAUUUUGCAGGUUGGAGAUCGGAGAUCGUAAAGCGGAGGGAUUUCGACAAGAUUACAGCAGUAAAAUUACAGAAAUCGACAAAAAAAAACGAAAUUUGAAGUUUGUAGAAAAACGAAAUCGAAGAGAUAGAGAGGACUCGAACAUUUUGCAGGUUAGAGAUCGGAGAUCGUAAAGCGGAGGAAUUUCGGCAACUCAUAUCUACUGUUAAUCGAAAAAAGGUAACUUUAAAUUUGAAUUUGGGUUUGAAGUGUUGUAGAUCUGACUAGGGUUUAGGUGAUUUGUCUGUUCGAAUAUGGUUUAAUUUGCAGAAAAUGUCGGAUAAUUUGCAAAUAAUGAAGUGAACUACUGAAUUACGAAAGUGUGAACUGGUUUAAUUUCCGUGUUUUAAUUUCUGUAAUUGAAAUUGGUUGAAUUCUUUCUGGUAGAGGUGUGUGUUGAUAGAUGAGCAAUUUACAUCGGACUGAUGUGAGCAUGAAUAGAUGAAUUAAUACAUGAGCAAUUUAGAAGAUUGUUUAAAUGUCUGAAGGAAAUCGUAAGCGUACAUUUUGUGAUGUACCAGAGAAUGUGGUAUGUACUUUACAGUUUGCUUAAUACUGUGUUUGUUCUGUAGAUGUUAAUUGCUGGUGAAUUAAUUGUUGGUAGUAAUGUGAAUUAAUACAUGAGCAAUGUCAAUUAAUACAUGAGCAAUGUAGGUUGGUGAAGAAGAGGAUGGAUUUGUGUUGAGUAAUAAGGCAGUAGGCACACCGAGGGAGAAACAAUAGAGUUGUACCCUGGAAUUUUUAAGGUAGCUAGGUUACAAUUUUGGUUUGGUAGUAGUAAUAAAACAGUUGGUAAUGUAGUUGUUGUGGAAGGAUGAUAGGUUAACUUAUAGAGGACUUGUGAAAGUGAGGGGAGAGGUGAUGUUGGAACUUGCUAAGGGCAGAAGGAGGGUAAGACUAUUUACUGUAUGUUUGUGUUUGAUGAUAUGUGCUAACUAAGUGUGUUUAGUAACGUGGGUGUCAUUGUUUAGCAGCCUCCUAACAUGAGUUGUCGGAUUGAGUCAUUUGGGCGUAUUUGCCAAAAAAUUGAUGAUAGGAGAAGACGAUGGGUUUGUGAGAUGGGUUUUGGAGGUCUACUACAACUUGCAUUCAAUAUGCAAUUACCGUGGUAGUUGGCGUAUUGGCUGAUGACUCAUAUAGAUCCGCUAAGAAAAAUGUUGAUAACUCCCGAUGGUGUGGAGUUUAGGUUAUCCAAGAAACAAGUCCAGUGGGUGUUAGGAAUACCAAUGGGUACAAGGAGUGUUCCUUCCACUAAAACCAUGAGUGUAGAGGAUCGGGAAAAGGUGCAAAGAAUUUUGUUGAAGUACGGGAAGGCAUGGGAGUCUAAUGGACAACGUGGCCGGGUGUACACAUUGGUCGGGAUACCAUUGAGCUCAGAAAUGAUGGAUUGCUUAGAUGGUCACUUUGAUGGUAGUGAGGAAGAGGAAUUUAAGACGUUUUUAAUAAAAUAGUUGCUUUGGAGAUGGUAUUGUGUCCUACACAGUCUUCCCGUCUUGCGGCUGAUUUGUUACCUGCAAUUGGAUGUGCAAUGGAGGCUAAUGAGUACGACUGGUGUGGUUUAGUCUUGUCGAAAUUCAUAGGGAGUGUUUCUAGUUUUGCUCGACGAUUCUAUGCUAAUGGGUUUGCAAGUGGAUGUGGAGGCUGUGCUAUUUUUGCUACCAUAUUUUACUUGGAUCGUUUAAAUCGGGAUGCUGUUGAUUGGGAGAUUUUCCCAAGACUGAAAGUAUGGAGUAUGUAUGAGAUUCGGAUGGCAUCGAAGAUGGACAAAUCAAUUAAAGGGGACUUUGGGAGGUUAGGGGUGUUGGACGUAGUUUAUGGGGAACAACACCCGAGGGAUGCAAGGGAUAGUGUUGCCCCCCAAGAUGAAGUGAAUAUUGCAACAGCUAGGUAAGUGUAACUUCUAAGAUUAGGCAUAGGAGGGAUCGAACUGCUGACUGUUGAUAGGCGUGUCGCGUACCUAACAAAAUAUAACCUAACUGACCACUACUAUGUAGCAGGGCAAGCAAGGGUCAAAUCCCAAGAGACUAAGGUUCAAAAAUAAUUAAAUAGACUCAAAUUCCUACUAAGCAAGAAUCAAUAAUGAUCGAUUAACUAAGGAACUAAUGUAUGGAAAAUUCGAAAAUAAACUAAAGAAUAUGAAGAAAUCAAGUAAUUAAAACAUCCAAGAUCAAGUAUCACCACAAUUACGAAUGAUGCAAUUAU